AUGUUCUUUCACAAGCGCGCUGAGAAUAUUCAACUUCCCCCCACGCCCUAUGUUCUGAGUCCGAGCGGCGAUUGGGAAGGCAACGACGGAAGGUGGUCAACAUUCCCCAUCAACAUCGGCGAUGACCGUACAAACAGCAGCAAUGGACAAAAUUUCAAGGUUCUUAUAUCCACCUCCUUGGGAACUACCUUAGUACCACAAAGAGUUGACUGGUGCUUUUCUCCCACCGAGGAUCAAUGCGCAGCAAAUCGCGGCAUCGUAUCGUUCGGCAGCAGUCAGUCUUUGGGAUUCGAUGGUUCCCAGUCUCAUCAAUGGAAGGAAGUUGGAAUAUACAAUUUUCCAUUGCCUGAAUGGUACAAUAUCACAGUGGAGGGAGAUCCAAACGCGGUUUGGGGGGAGGAUAAUGUAGGUUUGGGCCUUAGCACACCACAAAGUUUCAUUAUGCCGGUUCAAUAUGUCACGCAGUAUGCCAUCUCCAACUUCUUCAUGGGCUCGUUGGGACUGGCAGUAGGGUCCACUGGUCCGCCUGGGGCAUUCAAGCCAAACUUCAUCGAAAACAUGUACGGAAGUGCGCACAAGAUUGCGAGUCGCUCGUUUGGAUACACGGCUGGUGCCUACUAUCGUGAGUACAUCAUGCGGAGUAAACACGUAUUUACUACUGCCAUUGCAAACGACCUCCACAAAGCCAGAAUGCUGAUAAGUACAGGUAACAACAACAACGGAUACCCCGCGAGCUUGGUGUUCGGUGGUUACGAUAGAACACGGCUGUCUGAGCAAAGUGGCGUCUCGAUUAGUAUGCCUAGCAAGCAGAACAACACACUUGCUGUGGGUGUCAAUUCCAUCACCUAUAAGCCAGACCAGGAACUCGAAGCCAACCGAUUCUCAUUCACCAACAAGACAGGAGGCUUCCCCGCUACGAUUGACUCUACGUUUCCAUACCUUAUCUUGCCGGACGAAGUAUGCGACGAAUUUGUCACCGCUUUCGGUCUGACAUUCGACAGAAAUACCCAGUUAUACACUGUCAAUGAGACAUCGCACCAGCAAAACCUACGACUUGACGCGAGUGUUUCCUUCAAGAUUAGCGCCAAUCCUGACAUCGAAAGCACAAGUUUUACAUCCAUCGUCCUACCAUACUCGGCUCUGGAUCAACAAGCUAGUUGGCCGUUCUAUUCCAAUCAGACACGAUACCUUCCUAUAAGACGCACAGAGAACGGAAAAUUCGUCCUAGGACGCACAUUUCUGCAAGAAGCGUAUAUCGUUGUCGAUUAUGAACACCAAAACUUCACCGUUGCUCCAGCCGCAUUUCCUGACCCAAUGCCAAAUCCGAGUUUAGCCACAAUCUUCGACAGAGACUUUACGGGGCUACCCGUCCCAGACGAUCCUGGCUCUGGAGGUGGUCUCUCGGCUGGUGCGAUCGCCGGGAUUGUUGUCGGUAUCGUCGGCGCUUUCAUUAUAGUCGCCAUAGGCGUCUUCUUCUUGUGGCGAAAACGCGGGCAGGCGAAGAAGCGAAAGGCUGAGGAAGAAGCGGAGAAGCCUUCUGAGAUCGAUACAACCUAUGCAGGCACUGAGAUCAAAUAUCGCCGUAUUUCAGAGCUCACUGGUUCCGAAACUCUCCAGUCACCGAAAGAUUCUACAACUGGCUACUACAACGCUGACCACAAGUCUAUCCCUCCUAUCAGCGAACUAUCACCCGAAAGCAAUCCUGCCGAGCUUUAUAGCCCUCCACCCGAAGGCCAUGAAACCGUCGACUAUUUCGCCGCUGGUAGGACGCGACGCCAGGGUGGGCCCAGCGAUCGCGGCUCGUCCGGCAACAACACACCGCGCACGCCAAUUGCAGAACUCCCUGGUGAAGAUGCGAUAAACUCCUUGCCCAAAAAGAACGAAGACCCGAAACCGUUCCAGAAACCUCCGCACAGUCGAAGUCCGAGCGACAAUUCACUUUCGACAAACAUCGAUGAAGUAUUGGCGAAGAAGAACGCGUCAGAAGCGGAGUCUGGUACUGAUGCGGCCAAAUCAGAAGCAGAACCUGGUGCGCCAGCCACUGCGGAGGAAAUUGCUAGAGCGAAGGCAGGAGGACAAUCUGGAGGCACUGAACAUGCGGAGGAAUCUGCAAUGCAUCGACGGCCGUCACACACUAGGGGACUGAGCGACACGACUAUCCAAAGCGACAGCACAGCGGUCUCUCAGCCGACACCUGAAGAGCUAGAACGCUGGCGGAGAAGUGAAGACGACCCAAACAGACCGAUGUCACCAGCUUGA